AUGCAUUCAUCACCUUUGUCCUCACGAACUAAUUAUCCAAAGUCAUACUCACGAAGACAACGACGUCAAAUACGACACCGUCGUCGACGGCAACAAUAUCCUAUGAAAAUUCUGAAACCUACGACGAGUAUGACAACUCAGAUAAUUUCAGAUGCAUUCAAUUUGUUACACAUAUCAACUGAAUCGAAUAGGAAGUCAGCUGAAUUUAUCGAAAGAUAUGAAUUAACAAGACAGGAAACACUGAACAUACCAUUUGAUCAUCGGUCAAUCCUAUUUGUAAACGAGCAUAGAAACAAGGAACUAUUUCCAACAACAAUAAAGGAACUUAAUGAUACUAUACAUGAUGAUGAUGAUCAUUCGAGUUAUGUAUAA